UUGUUCUUGCGAAGUUUGGACACUAACACUGAAAGAAGAGAGUCAGCUCCUGGUAGCGGAAAGAAAGGUGUUACGGAAGAUCCUGGGACCUAUCAAGAGAGAUGAUGGCACCUGGAGGAUCCGUAAGAAUGCCGAAAUCGAGGAGUUACUGGCCGAACCCAAUAUCAUCGGCGAAACGAAAUGCCACAGACUUCGCUGGUUCGGCCAUUUACUGAGGAUGGGUGAGGACCGAGGUGUUAAGAGAGCGUAUUUGGGACGACCGACUGGUCGCCGUCCAGUGGGUCGACCCAGAUACCGCUGGAGCGACAGUGUACAGGCGGAUCUGUGCCAACUCAAAGCCGAUAACUGGCAGGAAGUGGCACAGGAUCGGGACAGGUGGCGUUCUCUCGAUUUGGAGGCCAAGACCCUCUUUGGAUCACUGCGCCACAAAAGUUAGUUAGUUGAUGUUUUUAAACUAUUUAUAACCUAAUAAAAAAUUGUUCUGUUAUUUUUAAGCUUUCGUGUAAACUGAGCGAGAAAGAUAUUUCGGAGACGCCACCUCAUAUCCGCGAGUGUCACCAUAGAGCAACGACGCCAAUGCCGGAUCUAUCACGUGGUUAGUGAAUACAUCAUAGAGUGUUUAUAUUUCUACGAGUAUUUCUUUAUUCACGUAAUCACAAGAACUAUAUCCAAACUUAUUUACUAAGUAUCGUUAACCAGUCAGGUUUGUAUCGAUACCGCAUUCCGUAGUAGAUUUUAUACAAAAAUGAACUAUUUUAUAACAAAAGCAUCAAACUGUUCAAUAUAAUAUGUGUGUAGAUAAAAUACUCUAUGUAAUUGUGCAUAAUUAGGCAUUAUAACAUUUUCGCGGUUUCGGGGCUGGCCCCAUAGUAAUCGUUGUUCAGUAUGACCUACAUAUCCACCCCUCAGCGUAUGGUCGAACAUAACAAUUGCAACCUGUAUAUAGAUCAGAACAAUUAUAUUAGAUAUAUACUUUUGACGCGAUUUGUAGAGAUACAUAAUAUAUAAGUAAAAUAUGUGUACAUAAGUAUCCCUAUUUGGAAAAUUAUUUCAGGUUACAGAUACUCAGGUGGCGCAUUGAUUCAUCCGAUACUAUAUUAUUACCGUAUUUCACGUGAUCAUUAAAUUCAUCUCCAGACUUUAAGAUAUUUUAUUUUAUGCACUGAUAUUAAUGAAGUGUUAAAUUGUGGUCAUAUUUUACAUAUCUGAAUACGGCUCCAAUUGUCUUGUCUUGGGUAGGUAGGUAUGUUCUUAGUACCACAAGUACCUACUAAAUUUUACGUGAUCAUAAAAUAAUUCUUCAGCCCAUAUGUUAUUUAUUUUUGUAUACCUAUUCCUUCUUUACAAACUCACACUUUCAGAUUAAUAAUCGCUUAAUUUAUUCGCAUAUUUUAGACGUGAUCCGUUAGGAUCGAUACUAAACAGCGAGCGCAACAAUAUAUCUUCUAAAAGUUACUUGAUAUUAAUCCGUUGCCGGCGGCAAGUCAUAAAAAAUUAUAAAACCACUAACAAAUAUCCUUCUCGAGGGGAAUCAAUAAAUCCGAUUGAAAUAGAUAAUUAAAUUUUACUAAACCCGUUUACACUUCGGAAUAUUUACGGACUCAAAACUGACGCCUACAAGCGUUAUUUAUUACUGACGCCGGCCAUAUUUUAUGACCAUUUUGUUUUAUUAAGGUUCAUUAUGGAACUCGCCGUCAGUUAUUUUUUAUUGCUAGGAAAUGACUAAAACGGUUGAUAAUUCAUAAGGCCCCUCACAGUGUUUUAUAAACAUGGCCCUUCCGACGUGGCCGAGCCUCUAGACGGCCGACACUGAACUGAUGGCGUCGCAAAUUCGAACCUUCAAAUACGGUAACUGCGUUCACACAGCGGACUAAUCGAAUGCGUUCCUUUGGAACGGUAACGAAAUACUUAUUUCAUACCACGCCGGUAAAAACGAUCAUAACGUGCCAUUUCCUAAUCUGCAAUUGCAACUCUCGCAGCGUACAAAUUGGAACGGUUAUCGCUUUGCCAACUUCCUAGAGUGUGCCUUGCUCACUGCAUGCUUCGUUGAUAAUGGUCGUUAUUGUCUUUUUGUUGAUAUUACGGGUUUAUUUAAGUGAAAUUGGAUAAAUGGUCAUCUCACGAUAUUUCGCUAUUCAAUCCUGUUCGGUGCACCGACCGUGCGGCGCGGGCUCGCAGCGCUAGUUGCCUCGGCUUCAAAUAAGACUAAAACUUAGGAAUGAAUUAAGUAAAUACAGGCUGACAACAAAAUGUGAAAUAGAUUUCGACCUUAGUGUUACAGUGUUCCUUGGGACUCGUAUGCAGGAUCUAGAUAUCUAUAUAAGUGUGUGAUAAGACUGAGAAAUGGAUUUGAGUAAAUACCUUGCAGUGCUGGUGGUACUCCUAGUGGACGGUGGCGAGAGUGGUGGACACGGAGAGAAACAUCAUGAUCAUGUGAAACUACACGUCCCAGAGUUUAUUCACCACGACCACCAUACAAAAGUGAUAACAAUUCAUCACCAUCAUCAUAAACCAAAAAAGGAACAUCACCACCAUCACCACCAUCAUCAUAAGCCACACAUUCCUCAUGGACACCACUACCAUCAUGUAAAAAAGGUGCACAAAAAGAAGACGGAGAGCAAAGGCCACCAUGGUCACCACGGCCAUCACGGACAUCACAGCCACCAUCACAAAAACCACGGGCAUCACGGGCAUCACGGGCACCACGGUCAUCACGGCCAUCACGGCCACCACGGUGGUCAUCACCAUCACGACAGCCCAUCGUAUUUUCCUCACCACGAUACUCCUUCUAUCAGCUACGACCCUACACCCACGACCUUCGAAGAGGACUUCGGCGGCUACAGCCCAGCAGUGCCGGCUUAUGGUGCGCCCGCAUUCAUUCCUCGGACACCACAGGUCCAUGGCGUAACACACACUGUCAAGCAAGUCAAAGUGUUCGAUUCAUUACCAGGUGGCAUACCGAGUAUCACAAAUGGUCACGCCGCCGGCGGCGGAGGCUAUCAAGUUACAGAGGAAGGGGAGGAGGAAGACGAUGCUUUUACAGCUUUAGAUGGACUUCAACAGAGUUAUCCCGGAACGUUUUCUUUUGUGCAAAACGCGGCGCCAGAACCGGCAUCAAACGAUAUAUUCUCCUCGCUGUCUCCCCAAAGCACAAGUCAGGCUGCCAAUCAUGAUCCAUUUGCUGAAGCUCCCACACCUACAGCUUUUAGUGGAAAUGAAUUCACCAGCCCCUUAGCUCAGGCUCCGUUGUCCUCUUUAGCGCCAACUGAGAAUGUUAUUCCGAGCGCUGAAUCUACUCCCGAGUUCCCGAUGACCUUCCAGGCGGAGCCGACUGGGUUUGACGAUCCCGCGAAUGCGUUUGCAGGGGCGCAAGCCGGCAGCACUGCGCUGUCACCCGAGGACAAGGCGGUUAACGACAUCGUGUCCUACUCGAGGGUCGCCGGCAUACAGCAAACUAUUAAUACUGGAGGACACGAGACUGUGGUUUAUUAAUAGGUACUUAAUAUUUAUACCUUAUUUAAGUCAUGUAUAGGUAUAUCAGCAACGCCACAUUUUGUGCGGUCUGUUCAAUCGGUUUUAUAUAAUCGGAUUUGGUAGAGCAAGAACAAUCUACCUAAUCCUAAUGAAUUCUAAAUACCAUAAUGAGCAGCGAGUCAUUUCACUUCGCGCCUUGUCAGUUUAGAUUGGCAAUGUUUAAAACACAUCUACUUUUGGGGCUUUCAAAAAAAUAUUCACCUUUUCUUAAAAGUUGACAAAUGUUAUUGUGUUUUUAACCGAACCGAAAUAAGAUUCUUAGACUCCAAAACAAAUAAGAGAUUACUUACGGCAUUCGUUCCGCAUACUCCGUUUUCGUUGUAUAAAGAAUAUAAAAAGGUAAAAGUAACAUGACUCCCUUAAUUCUAUUCCAAAUUACAUGAAUGUUCUUACAUAACUAGUUACAAGCAAGAUUUUUUUGGAAGAUGUUAAUCGAUUUUACUUCCCAUGAGAUUCAAAUGUUCCUGAUAACCCUACUACUGCUAGCACAAUAGGUGCCUCAGAAACUUCCAAAUUGCGAAAAUAACUGUGGCGUCUGUGGGAUAUGCUCAAGUAAAAUCGCCCCGACUCCAUACAAAAAGCACACGGUCUGUGACGUCACAGGUUAUAUACUUAUAACGUAUGCUGUUGUAUAUAGUUUCUAUACAUUUAAUAAUAAUAAUAAGAGAUAACCGCCAUGUGGGAUGUUGACUCGACGAUGAUUGUUCCGAUAGUCGUGUCAGCGAACGGUCUCAUAGCGAAGAGUCUCGACCAAUACCUAGAAAGACUCUCGCUGGGUGGCUGGAUCAAGGGUCAGAUGCAGAAGGCAAAUCUUGGACACGGCGCGUAUAGUACGUCGGUUCCUCUCUCUGCGGCCCUGACCACCGGCAGCUUGGGCCCUGCCCCGCUGCUGGCAGCACCCUAGGUUAGGUUUUUUAUAAUGUGUUUAUAUGUAUUUUGUAUUGUUUUGUAAGUGUUUUUGUAUUUCACUUUUAUAUGCAUAUUCUAAAUAAUCUAACCUACGAUUUUAGACCAAUAAACGAAAUAAUAAUAAAAGUGGUUAAUACACACUUAGGCAACAAACACAUGUUAAUAUUUUACGUUUUUAAAUUCAAAUACCUUUACAAAAAUGAAAAUGGAAUACACAUUUUAGCAUUAAUUUCGUGUUGUUAAACGUGUUUAAUGAACGAUCAAUAUGAAAUAUUUUUUCUACUCGUCAACUGUAAUGGUUGAAUUUAGAUUUCGUAUACCAAACUAUAACUGCGCACUUUUCAUGUAUGGGCUCCCAACUAAACUAUAAUUUUAAUUUCAAUACGCUGUAGUCAACUAUAAAGAAUUGCCGAUCACUCUUGGCAACUAUAACCACGUGCCGCUGCGCUCUCGUAGAAAAGACAUAAACGAGAAGCUAUUUCAUGAGCAUAUUCAUUCAACGCACGUUUAUGUCUUUUGUACUACAUUUUGUCUACUGAGAUACUUACUAAAUUUUCGUUCUUAUUUAGGGUUUAAAAUAAACAAUAUAUUAUUUUAGGUGACUUGUAGAAAAAGUAUUGUAUAGUGAUAUAAUCACAUUAUAUAAGAACUACAACAAUGUCUGUAAACAUGACACAUGAAACAUAAUAUUACUUCGUCUAAGUAGGUACUCUAACUAGAUUAUGAAUGAUAAUGAGAGUACAAAAUAAAAUGGAAAAAAGAGCCAAAGGAUGUAUAUUUUUUAUUGCAUAAGAAUAUUGUUUGUUGUAAAAUGAUGUAAUAAAUUAUAAAUUGU